AUGACCUUUAAAGAUUUAUCCCCUAAAGCAGAUGUUCCAUUUAAUGAAUUGCUAAAAGAAGCGUCGGUGAUAGAUAAAUAUAUCGAUUAUUGUGUAUUUAGAAAUAUUCGUUUAAUUGGUUCUGGAACGCUUGGAAGCACAUAUCAUGCCGUUGCGGAAAUGUCUGACAUUGGUGUCGCCUUGAAAUCAUUUGAAAAUAUCGAUAUGAUUACUGCCAAAGAAAUUUUAAAUGAGAUUAAUUUAUAUAAAGAUAUCAUACAUGAAAAUAUCAUAAAAUUUUACGGCAUUACUAAGAAAGAAGACUUGAGAGAAUAUAACUAUCAGCAAAAGGUGACAAAAGGACCUCAAUACUUAUUAGUUCUUGAGUAUGCCGGUGAUGGAACGAUUACAACUUAUUUACGAAACACUUUUAGUAAGCUAAAUUGGGAACGUAAAUUAAAUUUAGCACAGCAACUUAUUAAUGACAAACUUUCUGAAUUAAUGGUCGAUAUCUUAGAUGGUGUCAGAGAAAAAUUUAUUGAAGGAACGCCAAUACUAUAUGCAGUUCUAUAUAAUGAUUGUUGGCAGAAAGAUCAAAUAAAACGUCCCAACAUUCAAGAAGUUGUUCUCUCUUUUGAACAAUUGAAAGCAGAAUCAAUACAUAAUGAAAAUAAUUUUAUAAAAAAUAAUUUAUUUUCUGAUAAUAAUUUUCCAACUACCAGCUACAAUGAUUCUGAUCAUUUAACACAUAAUGAUAAGAA